UUGAGUUACAAACACUCAUGUUAUUGAUUAAUUCAGGAUGAAAAAAUAGACAAUUCCUCCAAUAUGCCUUUAGCGAAAAGUAGUGAAUGCCUAUUCACCUGGAAAUGUACAAAUUAUUCAUUUCCUGUAGGCCUAUAACUGUCAUGGAUCGCCCAACAUUCAAAACUAACAAGACACUCCUCCAAUCAUUACUCGGCAUUACCUAAAGUAACGGAAGAAAUUCAAUUAGGCACAGUUUUCUAAAAUUGAUUGCAACCAUGAUGCUGGGAAGGAAGCAAAGUUUGAAGGGCGAUCAAGUGCUUGCAGACUACGGGCCGGAGGAAGCUCUAAAUGAAAGCGCAGACAUUGAGUGGGUUAAUAAGCUGUGGGUGAGAAGACUUAUGAGAGCAUGUGCCCUGAUCAGUCUACUGUCUGUGAGCUUGAACACGCCGAAAACAUUUGAACGCUAUCCUCCUCUACAGUACAUCACGUUCUGCUGUGAUCUUAUCAUCACCUUCCUCUUUACAGCUGAGAUGAUAGCAAAAAUGCACAUAAGAGGCAUUCUCAAGGGGGAGGUUCCAUACCUAAAGGAUCAUUGGUGUCAGUUUGACGCUAGCAUGGUGUUCUUCCUGUGGGUGUCGGUUAUUCUACAAAUGUUUGAAAUGCUCGGCAUCGUCCCUAGGUUCAGUUACCUCUCUAUUCUACGUUCCCCCAGACCCCUCAUCAUGAUACGGUUUAUUCGCGUCUUCCUCAAAUUCUCCAUGCCGAAAUCCCGCAUUAACCAGAUUUUCAAACGGUCCAGUCAACAGAUAUACAAUGUGACUCUCUUCUUCUUGUUCUUCAUGUCACUCUACGGACUUUUGGGUGUUCAAUUUUUUGGAGAGUUGAAAAACCAUUGUGUUUUGAACACUACUGAUCCAAAACGCAUCACAAUCAACAGUCUGGCAAUCCCUGAUACAUUUUGCUCUGUGGAUCCAGACUCGGGAUAUCAGUGUCCUCCUGGGAUGAAAUGCAUGAAGCUGGAAAUGUCCCGAUACGUCAUGGGAUUCAAUGGCUUUGAUGAAUUUGCCACCAGUAUAUUCACUGUGUACCAAGCGGCAUCACAGGAAGGCUGGGUGUUCAUCAUGUACCGAGCCAUUGACAGCCUCCCUGGCUGGCGCGCUGUUUUCUACUUCAGCACCAUGAUAUUCUUCCUCGCCUGGCUGGUCAAGAACGUCUUCAUCGCUGUCAUCACUGAAACAUUCAAUGAGAUCCGAGUUCAAUUUCAGCAGAUGUGGGGCAUCCGAGGUCACAUGACCAACAAAACUGCUUCCCAGAUACUGACAGGGGAUGACAACGGGUGGAAGUUAGUGACGCUUGACGAAAACAAAGACAACGGCUUGGCCCCCCCAAUUUGUCAGUCAAUCCUGCGCUCGGCCUCGUUCCGUUUGUUGAUGAUGGGUGUAAUCCUGGCCAACGGUAUCGUCACAGCAACAAUGCACUUCAAACAUGACGAGCGACCGCGGUCUACGUUCUACGAGAAUUACUACUAUAUUGAGGUUGUAUUCACAAUAUUCUUGGACUUGGAGGCUCUGUUCAAAAUCUGGUGCCUUGGUUUCCGAGGCUACUUCAAACACUCGUACCACAAGUUUGAGUUGCUGCUGACUAUCGGCACAACCCUGCACAUCAUCCCACAGUUCUAUCUCUCCGGCCUAACGUACUUUCAGGUUCUCAGAAUUGUCCGUCUUAUAAAAGCUUCUCCGAUGUUGGAGGAUUUUGUGUACAAAAUCUUUGGUCCAGGCAAGAAGCUGGGGAGUCUGAUAAUAUUCACCAUGUGUUUGCUGAUCAUCUCUUCCAGUAUAUCCAUGCAGUUGUUUUGCUUCUUGUGUGACUUUAACAAAUUUGAGAGUUUUCCUGAGGCAUUCAUGUCCAUGUUUCAAAUCCUGACACAAGAAGCAUGGGUGGAGGUGAUGGAUGAAACUAUGCUGCGUACAAGGGAGACUUUAGCACCUCUAGUGGCUGUCUACUUCAUACUCUACCAUCUGUUUGUAACAUUGAUUGUGCUCAGCUUGUUCGUUGCCGUUAUCUUGGACAACUUGGAACUUGACGAAGACAUAAAAAAACUCAAGCAGUUAAAAUUCCGUGAACAGAGUGCAGAGAUAAAAGAAACAUUGCCGUUUCGUUUGAGGGUGUUUGAAAAAUUUCCAGAUAGUCCUCAGAUGGUUAGCCUUCAUAAAAUACCAUCAGAUUAUAUUCUGCCCAAGGUUAGAGACAGCUUUAUGAGACAAUUUGUGUUUGAGUUGGGAGACGAUGAAAACGAAGGUGUUAAAAAGAUAAUUGAAGUGUUUGAUUCAAAAGUAGUCUACCGCAAGCAAAGGCCAAUAAAACUGUUGAACAAUCUGCCUAAAGUUCGCCAUGUGAAUACGGACCUCAGAAAGGCUGCAAUCACCUACAUUAUAAAUGACUCCAACAACCAGCGUCUGAUGUUGGGUGACUCAGCCGUCAUCCCUGUGCCAGGAAAGUCCCCUCUCAAUCCUCAAGGAACCAUCAGUAGUGCCAAACAACUGAGGAUCGACCAGAAAAAGUUUGCAAACAGGUCUAUCAGACGGAGUGUCCGCUCCGGCAGCAUCAAAUUGAAGCAGACUUAUGAACAUCUGAUGGAGAACGGAGACAUCGGAGCUAUGAACCGUGUCAGCUCGUCGGCGCGUCGGCCUCACGACCUUGACAUCAAACUGCUACAGGCCAAGCGUCAGCAGGCCGAGAUGAGAAGGAAUCAACGGGAGGAAGACCUUAGGGAGAACCACCCGUUGUUUGAUACUCCGCUGUUCCUCGUCCCGCGAGAGUCAAAGUUCCGCAAAGCCUGUCAGCUGAUUGUCUACGCUCGCUAUGACGCUAGACUUCGUGACCCACUGACUGGCAAAGAACGAAAAGUCAAGUACAAACGUCUUCACAACUUCCUAAGCCUGGUAACCUACUUGGACUGGGUUAUGAUCUGCGUUACCACCCUCUCCUGCAUCUCCAUGAUGUUUGAGACCCCAAACUUCCGUGUUAUGUCCACGCCGAUACUGCAGGUUGCCGAGUACAUCUUCGUCAUCUCCAUGUCUCUGGAACUAACACUCAAGAUUCUUGCUGACGGAAUAUUCUUCACACCGAAAGCCUAUAUGAAAGAUGUUGCAUCGAUAUUGGACGUUUUUAUUUACACGACGAGCCUGGUGUUUCUCUGCUGGAUGCCCAAAAGCGUUCCACCCAACUCUGGGGCACAGCUGUUGAUGAUUCUGCGCUGUGUUCGGCCUCUGCGCAUCUUCACACUGGUCCCUCACAUGCGCAAAGUUGUUGACGAGUUGUGCAGAGGUUUCAAAGAAAUUUUGUUGGUAUCCAUUCUGCUGAUCGUGCUGAUGUUUGUGUUUGCGAGCUACGGCGUGCAGCUGUUUGGUGGUCGCUUAGCUCGCUGCAACGACCCGACCAUCACCAAGCGAGAGGAGUGCGUCGGUGUGUUCAUGAGACGUGUGUUUGUCACCAAGAUGAAACUGCAUCCUGGACCAAACGAGUCCUACCCUUCUAUGCUGGUACCUCGAGUGUGGGCCAAUCCGAGGAGAUUUAACUUUGACAACAUUGGCUACGCAAUGCUUGCCUUGUUUGAAGUUUUAUCAUUCAAAGGCUGGCUGGAUGUUAGAGAUAUUCUCAUCAAGGCGUUGGGCCCCGUUCAUGCUAUUUAUAUUCACAUUUACAUUUUCCUCGGCUGUAUGAUCGGACUGACAUUGUUUGUGGGUGUCGUCAUCGCAAACUACUCGGAGAACAAAGGAACUGCACUCCUCACUGUGGACCAAAGGAGAUGGUGUGAUUUGAAAAAGAGGUUGAAAAUUGCCCAGCCCCUUCACUUGCCUCCCCGACCUGACGGUAAGAAGUUCCGAGCCAAGAUCUACGACCUCACACAGAACAUAACCUUCAAACGUUUCAUCGCAGGGAUGGUUCUCAUCAACAGCAGUCUGCUCUGUGUCUCGUGGCGUGAGGAGGAGGCACACACAGGUCCGCUAGCUAUGAUCAGCACAGUGUUGACGCUGGUGUUUGUGUUUGAAGUAGUGAUGAAGAAUAUUGCGUUCACUCCACGCGGCUACUGGCAGUCCCGCCGUAACAGAUACGACCUCUUGGUCACCGUGCUGGGGGUCAUCUGGAUAUUCAUCAACUCAACAUUGCAUAACAACUUGUCGUACACCGUGGGUUUCAUCGUGGUGAUUCUCAGGUUCUUCACCAUCACUGGCAAACAUGCAACGCUCAAAAUGUUAAUGCUGACUGUAGGAGUGUCUGUAUGCAAGAGUUUCUUCAUCAUCUUUGGAAUGUUUUUGCUGGUUUUCUUCUAUGCCCUUGCUGGGUCUAUACUCUUUGGCACUGUGAAGUAUGGAGAAGGGAUUGGAAGACGAGCCAACUUUGGCUCUCCAGUGACAGGAGUGGCAAUGCUGUUCCGCAUCGUCACUGGAGAAGAUUGGAACAAAAUUAUGCAUGAUUGCAUGAUCCAGCCCCCGUACUGCACCCCCGCCAAUAACUAUUGGGAGUCGGACUGCGGCAACUUUAUUGCAUCUCUCAUCUACUUCUGCUCCUUCUACGUCAUCAUCACUUAUAUAGUUCUCAACCUGCUUGUCGCUAUCAUCAUGGAGAACUUCUCGCUGUUCUAUUCCAACGAGGAGGACGCCCUACUCUCAUACGCAGACAUCAGGAACUUCCAGAACACUUGGAAUGUUGUCGACAUUCACCAGCGAGGGGUGAUCCCUGUUAGACGGGUGAGAUUCAUCUUAAGACUGUUGCAAGGGAGGUUAGAAGUCGACCCUCAGAAAGAUCGUCUGCUAUUCAAACAUAUGUGUUAUGAGUUGGAGCGGCUGCACAACGGAGAGGAUGUCACAUUCCACGAUGUUCUCAAUAUGUUGUCCUACCGAUCAGUAGACAUCAGAAAAGCUCUGCAACUAGAAGAAUUACUGGCGAGAGAGGAGUUUGAAUACAUCAUUGAAGAAGAAGUGGCAAAGCAAACCAUCAGAACUUGGCUGGAAGGCUGCUUGAAAAAGAUAAGAGCAACAAAUAAGCAGCAGAACAGUUUGAUCGCAGGACUGCGAGCUACCAACGAGCUGGUCGUGGGACCGACGCUGGACCAUCCCGAGGAGAAGGCCAAAGACACAAUCCAAGACCAGGACAGCGAAGGAGACCCCAAGGAGGUUGAAGGACCAAGACACAGGGCCAAGAGCAAGCAGAUCCCGAGAUCAGACAGUGUUGGCAGUGGCAGUGGACGCAAGCUGCUUGUCCCUACACUCUCCGACCCUCAGAGUCGUCCUGACAAGGAACGUCAGCAGAACAAGAAGAGGAACAACCGCCCACACGGUUCCAACAAGAAUCUACCUCACGUGUCCGAGGGUUCGGAAGCCAAUCGACUUCUGCUGAGAGACAUAACUCUAAACAAGACGAGUGCUCUCAAAGUGCCCAACGUGAUGCUGGAGGUGUGUGACUGGUGGCAUGAGCAGAUCGGCUACAACACAGAGUCUAGCGAUGAGGAGUGUGUGUGAGGUUGAACCAUCAGGAGGAGGCAAGCUUGAGGAGUGUAUGUCAAAUGGAACCAUCAGGAGGAAGGAAGCUUGAUGAGUGUCUGUCAAGUGGAACCAUGAGGAGGAGUCUGUAUAGUGGAAUCAUCAUCAUCAGAGUAUGGGUGUUUUUAAAACCUACAAGAAAAAACACAGACACAUUUUGUAAUUGUUUUUAUAACUCUUGUUGAGUUAACUCCUCCAAUAUGUUCGAUCUCUGAUGGUUGUAGUUUUGUGAUAAAAAUGUGCCAAGAACCAAAUUGUCAACCGUAUGAUAACAGAUAUUUACCCUCUACAAUGUGCCAUUUAUUUUUGUAUAAUUUAAUCGGCUAAUUAUAAACUUACGGUUUUAGUUUAGUAAGACUGCCUUUCAAGCUUGGGUAUGAUUGGUGGCCAACAAUAUUUACAACUGUGUUUAGAUUUACAACAAUGUUUAAAUGUAUUAAUUUAAGUUUGAUGUGAGGCUGGGAUGGAUCUAUUUAUGUGCAGAGUGAUAUUUCAAAUACGUCAAUGCAUUGGGUAUUAGAUAUCCAAGCACAUACUGUUAUUAUUUGAUUAAUAAUUGUUUAACCAAUCUCAGUUAUGCUGAUUAUUUGCUUAUAAUACAGUCAGUAUGUUAGCUAGCCAAUGACAUUUCCAUCCAACAAAUACUACGUAAGUUAAGAUAGAAUAUUCUAUUAUAUGGGUUUUAUUUUUGGAAAUGUUACAAAAAAUUACUACGUAGUGACUACCUUUUGUUCCUUAUGUUAUGAGACUUCUGUUGACAGAUUAGUACCUGAUUAGUCAAACUAGUCAAUUGUGCCAAAUUUAAAUAUUUGUAUUUGUAGUUACUGUGGUUUUCCUCCCCAUUUAUUUAUUUGUAUGUGGUUGUUAGAUAAAAUAAAAUUAAACCAAUGUAAACCUAAUAUUUAUAUGUUUAUAUUAUCAAGUAUUAUUUGAACAAUAAUAAUUAAUACUGAUAAUUAAUUCCACUUAUUACAAGUGGAUUUUGUCAAUUGAAGUAUACCUUUAACAUCUUGGAGUGGUUAUGUGAAAAGUACAGUAUUGUGCUGUCGUCACCACUUUUAUUAAAGUAAAAUAUAUCAAGUAUGGUAGAUUUUAAAUCUGUAUACUACUCUAUGUUUUGUAUAUGACUUCACAAAUCAACGAUUGUAAAACGUUAUGUUGUCAUGACAUAAAGUUUAUGUUGGUAUGCAUGUUACAUUGCACAACAUAAUAAUUGUUUUCACACAAUCAGCAUUUUUAUGACAUAGUAGAGAAUGGUACAAACUUACUGCCUAAUUACUCUACUGUUUUAAAACACCAUUGAGUUGUAGUACUUGAUGAAUCAGUCACUUAAAACUUAAAAAAGUAGAACACUUAAGGUAUUAGUUUUCAAAUAACAACGUCCAAUACAUUUAUUUAAUGUUGUUUAAAUGUCCCCACUCAGCUAAAGAACAAUAUAUGCCGUGUGAUGAUUUUGCAGUAGGUAGAGGAAGAGCACAUUUUGCAAAGGAGAAUAAUAUUAUGUAAAAUUAUUGUAAGAAAUGUAAUUAGACUGAUAUUAAAUUAGUAUGAUGUGUUUAUGUUGUUAUUGUUAUUGUUACCACUAAACAGCACUUGUUGUCAUACCUAACAGUAUUAUUACUAGUGAGACAAGAUUUAUUAUUUUAUCAGAGAAUUUAUAACAUUGUUGUAUUUAUGUAUUGUAAAUAUUGAAUGUA